AUGAAUUCCAACGAAAGCGAACCGCUCUUGAUAGAGCCUUCUCCUGAGGCAUCCAGCUCCGAAGCCUCCCUCGGGUUCCAGAAGAUCAAGAAGAAAGGCCCGAUAAUGGACAAACUGAACAAACUGAAUAAACCACCCCGGAAACGCUCUCGCAUUGCGUGUACGUGGUGUCGCGAUCGAAAAGUCCGCUGCGAUGCCUCGAGCCACGGCACACCAUGCACGAACUGCGAGCUCGACCAGCAGGAGUGUGUUGUUCAUUCAGCAUCACAGAGCAAGCAUAUUCGUGCGAAAAAGCCAGCCUCGCGCCAUCAGCCAUAUCCAUCGCCCACCACACCAAGUACAGCCAAAGCCUCUAUAUUUCAGGCCUCAGAGGCUUCAUCACGCAGUCCGCUCAUAUCCCACUCAUGGAGCGAGAGAGCCGGCAGCCAAACGCCCUGGAGGACGCCUCCCCAUCCAAGCUCUUCUUCAACCUCACUAGCAUCAACAUCCACUACCCAGUCCAGCGCAGUUCCAGACGUCUUUUACUCCGCCUACCCAUUCCUGACACUCCCCGGCCUCUCUGACAUCUCGCAAGAGGACUUCCAGUAUCUCACCAUAAAGGGCUGCUUCCGUGUCCCUAGUGGUGCAGUACUGGAUGAGUUUAUCCGGAAGUACUUCCUCUACGUGCACCCCUGUCUGCCUACUAUCAACGAAGCCGAGUUCUGGCAGAUGUACUACCGGCCGCCUUUGCCUGAUGGUGAGGACGGCGGUAUCAGUCUGUUUACGUUCCAGGCAAUGUUAUUUGCGAGUUCAGCGUUCGUCUCUCCAGAGACAAUCAGAUCAGCAGGAUUCCCAGAUACGCGAACAGCGCGCAACACACUCUACACCCGCGCCAAACUCCUCUACGAUCUAGGCUGCGACAAAUCCCCCCUAUCGACAGUCCAAGCAUCCCUCCUCCUAACGCACCAAUCCUCCCCCACAGACCUCCACGCCGGCUCUCUCUGGCUCAGUAUCGCAAUCCAAAGCGCCAUCGUCUACAACGCCCUAAGUCCAUCAACAGACACCAUAAAGAAGCGCAUAUGGUGGUGCAUCUUGCUCCGAGAUCGUAUAAUCGCGCUCGGCCUAAGGCGGCACCCGCAGAUUACACCGCAGACAAUAGGCCUUGACCUUACGGGGACGGGUGCUGCAUGUAGGACUGUGCUUGCGGAGAAGGAUCUCGAAGAUGAAGUCUCCGGGUCAGAGGUGUAUGACCCUGAGGCGAAGAGGUUGCUUGCGAAGGUUGUGGGCGUGCAGUGUGAGUUGGCGGUUUGUUUGGGGGAUGUGCUGGGGGUUGUCCAUUCUUCUGCGUCUCCUGCGAACAUGGGAGGUGGGAAUAUUUGUGGUGAUAUGCAGUCACAGGCACAGGGGCAGAGACAAGGGGAGGUAAAGAGUGUCAAGAAACAGGUCGCAGAGUGCAAGGCCAGUCUCCUUCGGUGGUCGACAAACGCAAAGGCUCCGCUGGGGGCGGUCGUGAACUCCCAUAUGACACAUGAGUCUGUGGGAUUAUUCUUUGGGUUGACGUUCUUCCACUACCAUGCCGCCCGUCUAGCCCUCUGCAACUUCGAAGCCCUAAGCAUCCAACUCAACAAAGAUUCAAACACACCGAACACUACAAAUACAGACCAAGACGAAGAAGAUGCAGACAAUGAACGAAUCCAAGACGAACUCGAAGACGCCACAGGCUGCAUCACAGACACAAUCAAGCGAUUCCUCGCCCAGGGUGUCGCCAACCACCUCCCUAUAAGCGCUGUCCCCCUAAUAGCCCACCCCCUCCUCCUCAGCGCCCUCGACGUGAAACUCUCUUCGACAAAAUCCCAAUCUGCCACUCGCAAGCGCCGGUUCCGCUACUACGCCAAUCUCAUGCAAGUCUUCCAGCAGCGCUAUGAUGGGACGGAUAAAGUUGCUGCCUUUAUUCAGCAGACGUUGCAGUUGGCGGAUGGGAUACUCCCCCGGCCGCGUGCUCGGACGCUCUCAUCUAGCAGUGAUUGCUCUGAGACUGGGUCUGGGCCAGGUGGGACGUGCAGUAGCUGGCCUGAGCUCUUUGCGGAUUUCCCGAAGUUGUAUCUCAGGCUCUUGUUCGCGCUGGAUUAUGCCUUUAGUCGGGGGUAUUUUCCGCCUUAUGGAGAGGUACAGGGGUUUUGUGGCGGGAAUGAUACUCAUGACGCUGGGGAGACUGGACCAGUGCAGCCUUCAAGGUCAGAGGGGAUAUCUGGGUUAGGGAUACGGGCAUCGAUAUCGCCAUAUACGGAUCUUGGAUCUGGAUCUGGAUGCGGCGGACAAAUGCCCAUGCAGCUGACGAAUCUCUACACUUUGGUUGAUUCCGAGCAGCAACAGCAGGAGCAUUCUCUGCUGGCUUCAUCAGAAGAACCAUAUACAGCUUCUGUUUGCGAGACCCAAGUCCUCGACCCUCUAGUGAUCCCAGCCUACAAUCCCAUGCUGGAUGCGGAUUACGCAUACCCGGCGCAUUUACCGUUCGCGCAACAGAACUACGAAUACGGUGUGUAUCAACUACAUGACAGUGGAAUGCUAGACGAAAAUGGGCGUUCCGAUUUUCUGAGUCUGGGGAGCUCGUCGUCGGAAUCAUAUUCUGAUAUCGUGACUCAUCCUGUGGGUGUUGGGGAGGAGGGGUUUGUGUGCAUGGGUGAUGGGUAA